UGAUUUUGCAUUUCCAGGGAAAGAACUGUAAGUAAACAAUACAGUUCUCUCCCCUGUAAGCUCCUGCAGACUGCUUUGCAUGGCUUUGCAUAGCAGAGCCAUGCAAAGCAGUGUGCUUACAGUGAAGCACACACAGCACACAGUUAACCUUUUGAUCGCCCCACAUGUUAACCCCUUCCUGCCCAGUGCCAUUGCUACAGUAUCACUGCUUUUUAUUAGCACUUGAAUAUUGGUGUCACUGGGGAUGUCAGUGACACCAAGUCCAUUCCCCCCGGUGUCAGAAUGCCCGCUGUAGUCCCGUUAUAAGUCGCUGAUUGCCGCCAUUA